AUGCUGAAGACAUGCCACAUAGACCAAGAGGUUCGGCUCUGCAGAUGGUCCAGUGCAUCGCGCUUACAUCAUCAGUACAAGCAAUGCAUGAGCCUGAUUGAUGUAAGAAAGUGCAGCAGAGAGGCACUCAAGGCCAACCCUUGCAACAUCCAGGCACUGUACAGCCUUGGGAAGUGCCAUGUGGAGGCUAGAAACCUUAAGGAGGCCGAGGCAAUCUCAAACAGAUUGAUGCAUCUUGGUGGAACAUGCGAGGCGCUGGUACUCAAGGGGCAUGCAUAUCUGUGCAAAGGAUGCCUUGAAGAUAGCCACAGAAGCUUUCUGAAGGCAUACCAUCAUGCAGUGCAUAAAGACAAGUUCCUCAUUUAUGGAAUCUCUCUUUUCUACGAAGCAGCUGGAAACUAUGCAAAUGCAAGGCCGUGGCUUGUGAUGCUGAGCAGGCUUGGCGUGGAGAAAUACAAGGAUUACGAGAUCAUGUUCAGAACAGGCGUGUGCCUGAAGAAGAUGAAUAGGCUAUCUGACUCUGUAGAUGCAUUCCGAGUGAUAGUGUACAAUCCGUUUGAGUGCACAUACGACAUAGGCGCACAGAUACAGAUUGCACAUCUGUAUGAAAUGCAGUCGAAAGAGGACCUUGCAAUAGAGGUGCUUGGGAUUAUACGGGGGGCAAAAGUGUAUUCCACUGCAAUAUCCAGACUUCUUGCAUGGAUAAGCUUCAAGAAAGGCGAUUUCGAAGGAGUAAGGAGGAUACACAAUGAAUAUGAGCACAAAGAAAGCGAUCCGUACAUUGUGUACCUGAUGGGAAGGAUUGAGUUUGCGAAAGGAUCGCAUGAUCAUGCAAUUAGAUACUAUGUCAAAGUAAUUAAUGUAGGCAUGAUGAACGGAAUGGUACAAAACUCAUUGGGGUGCGCAUACAUGCAGCAAGGAAUGGUUUCUGAGGCAAGGAGGGCGUUUGCAUGUGCAUUGGAAGCCAACCGUGAGUCUGCGGAAGCAAGACGAAAUCUUGAUUUGAUUGCAAGACUCCCGGAUAGCGAUAGCAGUGGAGAGCCGAUCUCCAACAGCAGUGUUUUGCAUGAAAUAUGCGAACAGCCGCCAUCGAUUGCGAACACAGGCUAUCUGGACUCAAAUGUCUUUCUUAGAGGUGCAGACCAUGGUGUAUGUCCUGGUACAAUGCCUAAAGUUGCCACAAUGAGAAUAUCAAAGUUCGAAAGAUUUUUGGAUUGA